AUGCUCAGUCUGGUUGAGCAGCAGAGACAAGAGCCUGACGAAGAAGAACCUGAUGAAGCACAUCAGUAUGAAUAUAUAUACACUUGUUUUUAUUGCAGAUUUUUGCAAGUGCUUCCAGCUUCUGCUGAGGAUGAGAAGCUUUUGGUAGAUGUCCUAAGAUUUUUGAACAAAUUGUGUAGAGAUAAGAGAGCAAGCUUGGAGGCAGAUCAUCUGAAGUGGAUCCUGAAAUCGUUACUUAAAAGUAAAUCAAGUUCCCUUUUGGGCCUUUUGGUGCGACCGGAAUCCCAAGUGCGGGAUGAAACAGAUGAAAUACAGACUGCUGUCAGACAACGACUGGAUAAAGAACUCAUUCAUCUUUUUAACACACUGUUAUUUUGUUCAGUAUCAGUGACUGACAGAGAGGGCUUGGAACUUGCUGGCUGUUUCAGAACUGAGCUGGCUCUCAAGCUUUUACAGUCCUUAAGGCUAACAGAUGCACCACAUUUUUAUGGGCUUCCUUCACUGGAGAGAACACUCAGAGGAAUGGUUCAUGUUACUGCACUGCCAAACUGGAGUACGUAUUCUGCUACCGCUGAACCUUUCACAAUUUGUAAGAAAUAUUUAACAGGUCUUCUUGAGGUCAUCUCAUCGUUUUACGUUGAAUGGGGAGGAAAUGCUAUGUCCUUUAUGGGAAAAGGUGUUACAAAAAGCACUGUUCUUUGUUUGCUUCACUUAUCUCAUGAAAUGAUGGCUCAAGCUAAGGAUACGGACUGGGUAUCUCUUUGGUCUUUGCCUUACAAUAACAGUGAAGAUCAAAUUCCUUCCCACCUAGGUCUGACAUGGCUGGUUCCUUUAUGGGUAGAUAGAGAUCCUGAGGUCAGAUUUACUGCACUUGGAAUAGGAUCAGCUCUUACAUCUCUUGAAUUAGGUUGCAUUGCUUUAGCAGAGAGUUGCAAGAACAUUUCAGGAGGGCUAUGGGGAACAGCGUUAAACAUCUUUCUAGACCAAUCUGAAUGCAGCAUGGUACGCAGGGAGGCUGCUUUUAUUCUACAAAAUCUUCUUGUGAUCCCCAUUCCUACUGAAGAUCUGAAAGACUGUGUUUGGCAAGGACCUUGUGUACAUGAUGAAGAAACUGGCCUCUCCCAGACCGGAAAACCUGCACUUAAGGCUCUUUUGCAUCACUGUCAGUUUUACAAACAUUUGAAUCAGAUGGUGAAACACUGUUACCUAGGUUGUUAUAUGUUUGAUGUGAAUUCUGCCAAGGAAGACAACCAUGUCAUUGAAAAAAGUGGUUCAACUGAUUUUGAUGAUUCUCUUAAUCUUUGGAAGGUUGUAUCUAGUCAGAGCCCAUCUUCACAUUCUCAGUCAACAUCAGAAACUAUGAUUCUGUCUGCAUCAUCAGCACCAGGGAGUGUUACUGAGCUUCAUGCAACAGUCCCAGCAAAUUCAACUAGUUUCAUUCCUGAAACUGCAAUUAAUCGGCUUAUGGCACAAGGUCAAAGUGAUACUACAGCAUCUCCUAGUCAACAUGAUUCUCCUAUGUUUGCUGCAAUGUCUAAACAGUCUGCUGUAGUCACACCUGCACUUUUGUCAGCUGUUUGCAGCCUUCUGCACAAUCUGCUGAUUGUUGCACCAAAAGAUACUGGAAUUGCCCUUCAAGGAGACUUGCUAACAGCUCUCAGCAGUCUUGUAAGUGCUAAUCUGGUUGAGAGAUAUAUCUUGGAACUGAAAGCUCCUUUGGGUAAUCCAUGUCAUACAGAACAUGUAAAAGCUCAGGUAUUAUUGUUACUUCAAUACUUAUCAUCUGUGUCCAGGCUUCUGAAGUCAUGUUUACUGGUGGACUCUCAGCUUGUAAUUCAGGAACUGUUGAAACCUCUCUUAAGAAAUGCCUUCACAAUUCUCUCCAUUCGCUCUAAAGAUGGCCUAGAUUCUGAGUUAAUAUCUGUACUUCAUGAAACCUGGGUAGACUUCUUCAACCUUCUGACUACAUUAAUGUGGAACAGUAGCCAGACAGUUUUUCCAUUUGUGGCGACAGCUCUUGCAAAUCAUUGUACAGCAGUAAUUGAUACAAUUUGUGAUUGUAUUCAUCUGUCAACCACUCAUCCAGCUUUAUAUACAGCUAGUUUACAGUUCCUUUCUGUCCUUUUGAAUGAAGAAGGAAGAAGACAACUGCAAGAUAAACAGAGCAUAUGUCAGGAUCCAACUGUUAGCUUUCUUUUAGAUCACUCUGAAGAAUGUCAGGCAUCAGUGAUUCAACUUACUGAAUUAAUUAUUCAGGUUUGUGAAAGGAAAUCUUCAAAGGAUGUGCUGAAAGAAGUUGCUGCAAAUGCAUUGCUCUCUCUAUUAGCUGUCAGUAAAAAUGCCCAGAAAUAUGCACUGGAAGUUGACCUGAUAGGUAGCUGUAUAGAACAGAUGAAGCAUAUUCAUGCGCAGCUGAAUGUGGAUUCUCUAAAGCCUGGGAAAGCACAGAAAAAAAGGAAAGAGGAUAGCCUUAAAAAGCAGUUAAGAUGUGCUAUGCAGCUUCUUAGAAACUGCCUCUUUCAAAAUGAAGAGUGCAAGAUAGCAGCACUCAAAGCUCAUCUUGUUCCUGUUCUGCAUUUGCUGUGGCCAUGGCUUUUAAUAGAUGACUCCUCAAUGGAAGUAGCUCUGCAUUUGCUUUGUGUCUACACUGCAUACUACCCUGCAGGUUGUGCUUCACUUUGUUGGACCAGUGGUGGACAAUCAUCACUUCUGUCUGUACGAAGUGCAGCUGGCAGUUCAUUAAUGCAUAACAUCUUGAAAUUGGCUUCCCAAGUAUCCGAUGAUAACAGCCCACUUCAGCACGUGAUCUUUGAUCUUCUUUCUAACCUUGCUCUAUCUCAUGACUGUAAAGGAAUUAUUCAGAAAAGUAACUUCCUGCAGAACUUUUUGUCUCUUUCGUUACCAAAAGGAAGUCAUAAAAAUCCUAGCAAUGUGUGUACUCUUUGGCUAAAGCUGCUACUGAACAUAUCUUUUGGAGAAGAUGGACAGCAAAUGAUUAUGAAGAUAAAUGGGUUUUUAGACCAGAUAGUGGAAAUGUGUAAAUGCAAACACAAAAGCAGCCAACAUAUAGCAUUACUUAUUCUACAUAACAUAUGUUUUAGUCCAACAAAUAAGCCUAAGAUAUUAGCUAAUGAUAAAGCUAUUGCAGUGCUAACUACCUCUUUGGAAAGUGAUAGUUGUGCAGUUCAGAGAAUUGGAGCAGCUUCACUUUGGGCAUUGCUUCACAACUAUCAGAAGGCAAAAGUGACUUUGAAGAAUCCAUUAAUAAGGAAAAUAGAUGAAGCGUAUUCUUUAGUGAAAAGUACUCCACAGCCAGAAGGAAAUGAGCUAAAUGCCUAUUACUUAAAAUGCUUAGAGAAUGUAGUGCAGCUUCUUGAUUGUUAACGACUAUCAGAUGAAUUCUCAUCUUGAAAUCAGACAGAUUGCUCAAUGGGAUUCUGGAAUUCAAAGAAAGCACUUUUAAUUCAUGGAUUUAUGGCAGCAGCAUGCAUGCUGUGGAAGCAAUUUAUGAAGUCUUUGAAAAAGGGAGUUGAUUGCUUUGAACCAAAGAGGUUGCAUUAAAUGUAGCUUAGACUUUUUGUACUCUAAUCCCAAUGGGGAAUUAUAAUGAUGCUGCUAUGUAAAGUAUGUAUGAAGAAGAAUGAAUGUACAGAGAAAAAAGAUGUGAAAAGUCAGUAAUUUUUUAAAUUGUUACUAUAAGUUAUUAGAAUUGCUCUUUUGGAUUGGUCUUAAUAAAAUCUUGCUUUUUUUUAAAAUUUGUUUAAUUCAGUUUAAUGUUUGCUUAUAGUCUGUAAUUUGUAAUGUCACAGAUAAACACACUGAAAACAGGUUUAAGAACUUAAAAUAUUGACAGUCAUGUUGUGUUAUACCUGAUAGAUAUAGAGUAGCAGUCGAUGGUCCCUUCCAACACAACCCAUUCUAUGAUUUUAUGAAAUAGAUUGUGUACGUGACUUGAUACUGCUUGUAUGACAUAACCAUGAUGCUUACAAUAGCUGGAUUAAGUCAUUACUAGAAAUGUAAUUCAAUUAUCAGCUAUCCAUCCUGUCCUGACAAAACAAAACGCUAAGAGAGACCAUCAAAGCCUGAUUCUUUUUCAUAUUAUACACUGUAUAUAGUUACUUGCAAAGUAGUUAUUAAAUGCUGUUGUUCUCAUCCCACAGUAUUGCAGAAAUUUAAGCCGCAAGGCUAGUGAGAGUGAGAAUGAUCAACAGUAGUUAGCUCUGCAAGUUAGUGUUUUCUGCCAAGGCUUAAUGGAUAGGCAUCACACUAGCAAGUACUGAUUCUUCUUUGUUUCAGCAUAAUCAACCCUGAUGAUUUCUCUCAAUUUAAGUUGUAAGUCACAACAAAGAUUGCUUGCCACUUUGCUUCCUUUGUCAGAGACACAAAAAGUGAGAGCACUUAUUGCCAAAUUAGUUUUAAUGGAAAUAAGCAAUCAUUUAGCAAGAGCUCUUUCAGAGUGCAGAAAUACACGUAGAUCUGAUUAGAUAAAAUAGAGCUGUAUUUUUAAAGCUUAUUCAGCCUUGAAUUUUAUUUCAGUCUGAUUCAUAUUAAAAUGUUUUUAUUGAUCUAGAAUUCUUGAAGUCCAUAGCCUUUUAAAGAAAGUGUAUUCUCAAGAAAUGGAACUAUACAAUGUUGCAGAGUGCAAAUCAAGAGAUGUUUGAAGUCUCAUAGCUCUAAAGGCAAACUAACAGCCUCACUAUUGAUCUAUGUAAGUCUGUGCAGAUAGGACUUUGUCUUGUAA